CAUUUCAGCUGCACACUCUCGCCUUGGAGUCUCCCAGUGUCACAUCCAACCUUUCUGAGGAACAGCUGCAGGAAAACUGAACCUCCACCAUGAACACCUCAGCGCCCGACACGUCCACGUGGUCGUACAGCCUCAGGACCAACUUCUACGCCCUGUCGCCGGACGAAACCUACUAUGAGAGCGUGUGGCAGGUGCCCAACAUGGCGGCCAUGGCGUUGCCGAUCAUGACGCUGAUGUCGGUGGUCGAGGCGCUGAUCCUGAAGUUCACCAAUCGAGACAACAACUGGCGUCUCCACAACGCCGUCCUGAACUACUCGAGCGGAGGACUCACGGAAGCGAGUAAUAACUUCAUCUUCCGAGGCGCCGAGAUCACGUUCUACAGCUGGGUCUACAGCAACUGGCGCCUCAACUACCUGGCGUGGGACUCCCUCUACACCUACUUCUUCGCGUUGCUGGGAGUCGAGUUCUGCUACUACUGGUGGCACAGGGCCUCUCACGAAACGGCUCUGAUGUGGGCGGCCCAUUCCAGCCACCACAGCUCCGAGGACUUCAACAUGACGGUGACUGCCAGGACGUCCUGGACCAUGAGGCCUUUCAGGUGGAUCUUCUUCACGCCUCUGGCCAUCUUGGGGUUGCCGCCCGCAGUCUUCUUGGUCCACGUGCAGCUGUCGUUCAUCUACGCCGGCUGGACGCACAACGAGACCGUGCCCAAGCUGAGCAAGGUCAUCCCCGGCUUAGGUCAUGUCUUCGAGUUCAUCUUCCACACGCCCAGCCACCAUCGCGUCCACCACGGCGCCAACAGGUACUGCAUCGACAAGAACUACGGCCAGACGUUCAUCAUCUUCGACCGCCUCUUCGGCACCUUCGCCGAGGAGCGCGACGACGAGCCGCUCGUCUACGGGACGCUCGGCCAGAUGGACCGCAACAGCGCCAUAAUGAUCCAGGUCUCGCCCUGGAUCGAGCUGUGGCGGAAGGUGCGGAGCAUGACCUCCUUCGGCGACAAGGUGCGGGCGCUCGCCUUCGGCCCCGGCUGGACCCCCGGCAAGCCGCGCCUCGGGGACCCCGCCGAAGUGCCUGACGUGCGAGGCCGCGAGAAGCUCCAGCUGCCCCUUCCGUCGUGGUUCUCCCUCUACAUGCUGGCCAACAGCGCCCUCAUCUUCUUCUCCUACUUCGAGAUGAUGGGGAGGCUGAAGAACCUCGGGCAGUGGCAGCCCCUGCUCAACCUGGCCUACAUCUUCUUCUCGUACACCGCCCUCGGGGGCUUAUACGAAGGGCGGCGCUACGGCGCGGUUCUUGAGCUCGUGCGCCUCCUGACGUUCUUCGCGAUGUCCUACGUGAACCCGCUGUUCGGCGGCGCCGCCUCCCUGAGGGCGGUGUCGUGGAUCAACCUCCUCAGCCUGUUCUUAUGGCCUGCCGUGGCGGUCUUUACCUUCAGAAGGGCCGAGAAGACCGCCAAGGGACAGGACGGCCCGCGCGAGGGCGCCAAGGCCAAAGCCAACUGAGGGGACACGAACAACUGCAACUGGAAUGAUGGGCCUAACUACACCAGAAUCUGAUUUCGAGAUUAUCAUUACCCUUGAUGCACAGCUGAAGUUGGAAGUUCAGUCUGCUUGUGUUUUUGUUUCUCCGAGGAGCCUUUGGAGCACAAAAAUAUGCCUGACUGCUGUCAGAAAUAGUUGCUGACGGUUGCUGUACGCGACGAUCUUUGUAUAACAAAGUGAAUAUAAGUAUAUAUAUUUC